CCCCGCGCCUAGUUGUUGUUAUUUGGUUUGACGCGCCUGUCUUUCCCCGCCGGCUCGCCUCGCACAGCGCUGCGUGUCCCCGCUCGGCUCCUCCAGCGAUGCGCGCAGGCCGAGAGGCACUUAGUGGGCGCUGACGACCUUCCUUCGACGGCCGCUGAACUUUUCCUCCAGCGGCAGCAGCAACAGCAGCCGGAGCCGGGCGUGGAGGGCUCUCCCUGGGCCCCGGCAGGAUGUACACGGCCGGCCUGGCGCCCUUUUACGCCUCCAACUUCAGCCUGUGGUCGGCGGCUUACUGCGCCCCGUCGGGGCCCGGCUGCUUCCCGCUGGAUCCGUCGGGGCUCAAGAAACCUUCCUUCUGCAUCGCGGACAUUCUGCACGCCGCCGCCAGCGCCGCCGGGGAGGCGUCGUCGGUGGACGGGCUGCCCGGAGCGCCCGCGCUGGCCGCCCACCUGGGGGCCGUGCAUGCCCACUCGCAGUUCCACGCCGCGGCCUCCCCGCUCCGGCCCACGCCCCUGGUGGCCCCCGACGGGGCCGUCGCCUUCCCCGCCCGCCUGUCGCCUCUCUCCGCUGCUUUCCACCACCCUCACCCGCAGCAGCACCGCUCUCCCGGAGGAGGCAGGGGCCCCAGCCACCAGACUCAUCCCGGCUCGGCGCCCGCGCCCUCCAGCAAAGACUUGAAGUUUGGGAUUGACCGCAUUUUAUCCGCCGAGUUUGACCCGAAACUCAAGGAAAGCAACACGCUGAGAGAUUUGACUUCCUUAUUAACCACCAGUCGCCCAUCUGGGGUUCAUCUCCCCGCCUUACAGCCUCCGGCCGGCCAGUUCUUCGCGUCUCUAGAGCCCAUUAACGAGACCUCCGCGGUCCUGGGGCCUUUAAACACAACCCCAAGGAAUUCCGUUCAGCACCAGUUUCAAGACACUUUUCCAGGGCCUUACGCGGUGCUCACCAAAGACACGCUGCCUCAGACCUACAAGCGGAAGCGCUCGUGGUCCCGAGCGGUUUUCUCCAACCUCCAAAGGAAAGGCUUGGAGAAGCGCUUCGAAAUCCAGAAGUACGUCACCAAACCGGACAGAAAACAGCUGGCAGCCAUGCUGGGACUCACGGACGCGCAGGUGAAAGUCUGGUUCCAGAACAGGCGCAUGAAAUGGAGGCACUCCAAGGAGGCGCAGGCGCAGAAGGACAAAGAGAAGGAGCCAGAAGAGAAGCCAGCAGGGGGCGCUGCGCUGACAGUCGAGGGAGAGGUGGAGCGCAGCCCUAGCCGCUCAGAAGGCGAGAGCGAAAGCAGCGAGGCCGAAUCCCUGGAUCUGGAGCCCGGCAGCGAUGCGGAACGGACUGAGGUGGGGGCCGACACCGAGCAGGCCCUGCAACGGCACAGCCCCGAGCUGCAACACCCGGCCGGAUCGGAGACUGCAGUUCACCCUGAGCCGCCUUUGGCUCCCACAGGCCUGGACCAAGGCAGAGAACCUCUAAGGCGCCUGGAGCCUUCUUUUUGCCUACGGGACUCCCCAUGACUGCCUCUCAGAGAACCAGCUAUCAGUUUGGGAAGCCGCCAAAAGCCAAGUGAUCGCCCCGCUUGGGAAAUAGUAGCACCCCCUAACUGCAGGUGGGUGUGGGGUACAAUAACCCCUAGGAAAUAUGUUAUUCUUUAUGAGGUAAACUACCUCUGAACUACCAGAUUUGGGGUACUAACCUCUGCUGCAGGUGGGAAGAUCAGAGGUUUCUCGAACUAUGUAGGGCAUCAGCCCACAGCAGUGAGUGGGCUGUGGCGAGAGGGCAGUCCUGCUCAGCCUCAGGAUCUAAUAGGAAGGAAACUCACAGAAGUAGCUCAGGGGAGACCUUUCCCAUCUUUGCUGGCAGAGGAGCCUUCCCGGGUCCAGGAAAUCACAGAGACCAUGUCUUCUUCUUUGUCCUUCUCUUAACUCCCCCACCUUCCUCCCCUCAUUCACAAUGUGAAGUAUUUCACCAACCCCAACCCCUUGCCAAAAUGUGUUGCUUUGUGUAAUCUGGCCAAGAAAUACUGCACUGAAAAAAAGAACAGAAAAGUAGACUGUAAAUAAAUUGUUUGUUUAAUU